AACGGACAUGAAGAUGAUACUUGUUGAAGAAGAAAACUCAGUUCAGUCUUAACUCGUUCAGCCAUCAUCAUGCAGCUAUAUUUUUUAAUUUUGUCUCUUGUAUUAUCAUUAUCAUCAUCAUCACCAACUAAAUAUAAUCAACGUCAAGAUGGUAAAUUAAACGUUCACGCAAAGCUAGAAAAUAUAUUAUUUGUUAUUGCACCAUCAUCAUCAUCAUCAUCAUCUUCAUCAGCAUUAGAUUCAUCAUCUUCAUCUGGUAUUGAUUUUAUAUUACCUGGUUUAUUUGAAGAUACAUUAAAUUUUCGUAAAACAAUAAAACAACAAACAACAAAUAAUCAAGAUAAAAUAUCUCAUGAUAAUAAUGAAGAAUUAGAUAAUAAUAAUAAUUAUAAAACAUUACGUAAUAUUAAAUAUGAUAAUAAAAAAAUUAAUGAAAUGAAAUUAAUUGGUGAUGGAAUUGAAAAUUGUGGACCAGGUAGAUUUCGUGAUAGAUUUGGUAUUUGUCAAUAUGAUGGUUCUUUAAAAAAUUAAUUUAAAAAAAAAAAAAAACUACUUAUUUUAUUAAUUUUAUAUUUUUAAAUUUACUAUUUUAU